AUGGAGGAGAACACGAUCAGUAUGCUGAUGGACGUCAAGUUGGACAUCCGGGAGCGAAAGCUAGACUUUUCCCAUAUGAAGUCUUGGUCCCAAUACUACGUGCGCGUGGAAGCGGUCAAGUGCUUUCCGUGCUAUAUGCGCAUUUCGUUCUUCUCGUCUCCGACCGACCGAACGACGGAUCUAAUCGUGCGCAUCAACGUUCCCGGGAUGACCGUGCAGAUGGCGACGUCACGCACGAAGCAACACUCGUACGGGCUGUUCUGGAAAAACAAUCGCAAACGGUGCUGUGCGUACUUUGCGCUCGAAACGCAACUGUUGUGCGAACGGCACCUGCGCUGGAUGAAAAAGUCGAUCCGCAACCUGGAGCUCUACCGGCAGGAGAUGAUGCAGCUUCGACGGGCCAGCCGUACGCCGGCACACGAGAUCCGACAGGAGCUGAAACCACUAGACCCGCGGGCACUCGCUCCGUCGUGUGUCGCCCCGUGGGACGAUCUGGGAAUUUAUCAGAAUCUCGAUGCCACGGAAAAUAUGGCCGAUUUACAAGACAUUCUCGGACCACUUCCGAUGGUUCCAACGGUGGAGAAGGGAGGCGCCAGUGGGCCCUCCGACAACACCAGCGUCGCCUCGAGCUGUUCCCGUCGCGUUUCCGGUGUGUCGGGUAUUUACGAGGAAAUUCGUGACGAUUUGUUGACCAACGUGGCUUCACGGUUGUCGCGUGUGUCGAUCGCUUCCGGCAUCUACGAAGAAAUGCGUCCAAUCCCGGGCGAAGGCGGCAACGGCGGCGGCGGGGAACAGGAAUGCACACCACCACCGUUACCGCCGCGCCAACGUUUAAACACCAACGAAGACUUUGGCGCAGAUCGUGGGCCGUUCCGCACGCCGGAAGUGGAUUAUCUGAAGAAAAAGCGUCACUGGUUACGUCUCGACUCGGUGUUUGGCCGCAAACGGACCACCAGCGGUGAUUCGCAGGCUUCGACCGGCUCGGUUGCAAAGAAAGGUGCCACCAAGGAGAGGCACGACAAAUCCCCCUCGGCGGCGACGGCGGCGGUAGUACACCGGAGUAAGGUGUGUCGGUUCCGGUUGACGGAAGCUAAGCGCAACAGUUUUUCAAGUCCCGAUUUGAGCCGCCUAAACAUUGGCGAUCUUAGCGACGGAUGCGGCGAUGCCGUCUCUGCAGACGCUGCCGGUAACGUUUCGUGCGACAAUCUUUCCGACGGAAAUGGAUCCUGCACGUCCGAGUUCUAUCCCCAGCAUCCCCUUGACAUCGAUUACAUCGAGGAGGACUUUGCCUCAUCGGAGUACAUCCAUCUUUCGAGUCAAUCGACCGGUGCCACGGCGGAGCCCGAUAGUGGCCGUGGGGAGCAGCAGCCAGAGCCCGGUGAGCUGGAUCCGCGGGCGGACUGGCGUCGGUUAAAUCUUUCCGAGCGCAUUUUCGACAGUUUCAACCGAUCGGCCAACUCCUCAACGGUGAACCUGGCAGGUGCUGGUUGCACUGUGGCGGACCGGAACGACACUGAAGCGCCGAAACAGGCAACGGUGGCUUCUGUUAAGGACGAUACGGCAGGUUACCUUGAAAUGGGACCACCGGGAACCGGAUUUAAUCGUCAGAAGCUAGAUGAAAUCAUAUUGCGCGAUGGCACGAAGAAACAACCUUACGCAGUUUCCAACGGGAACUCGGAGGGUUCCGAAUCGAUCUACAUGAUCAUGAGCGGAGCCGGAAAGCUUCCCGAGCCGAUCCGCUCCAGUUCUACCAGCAGCAGUAGCAGCAGCAGCAGCAGUGGCAGUAGUAGCAGCGGCGUCAGCAGUGCCAGUGACCAUACCACGACCAGCCUCGAGGGACCCGGCAGUGGCAAACAGCGAAGCUCGAUAGACGAUAAGAUCGCUUCUUACUACCCGAAUGAUGAGCGCACUCCGUCCCGCAAAGGCACGGUCUGCUCGCUCGAAGAAUCCUCACCUGUUCGUGGAACCACGACACCCCCGGUGGUCACUACUCUUCCGAGAGCGGUAAAAUCCGCCCAACGGUCGGUGGUCGAGGCUACGGUCGAUAUGCGGGAUCGCGUCCAGGCAACAUUCCGCACACCAAAGGCCACUGCUGAAAGCCGUCGGCACUGUUUUCGCAAAAUGCUGGGCGAAACGGCUGACCGGGAUGCUGGUGGCCAAUCCACCGAAACGUCACCCAAGCUCUAUCAAAAGUAUGCCACCGUUGCCCGCACGUGCUCGCCGAAAAAGUGUGCAAAAUCGAAACCCGAUGAAACGGACCGACUGCAGGUGGGUUCCGCAGAAGCGACCAAGUCCGCCGGCAAACGGUUUGGAUCGUUGCCGCGGUUCGGGAAGCUCGAUUUGUCGCCGCUGAGAAUGAAGAUCAACAGUGUGCUACAGCGGCACAAUUCCGGUAACUUAUGA